UGUAUCUUACACCAUUCAGCAAGAAAGCGUGGCAAUGAGUGAUAACGAAGAAGUCGAACUGUUGGAACGAGCCCAGUCAAUAGUUAGGAAGGCCUUGUCAGCAAUAAGUGAAGAUCAGGAGGCGGAGAAGGAAGAGGAGAUAACUCUAGACGAUAUCACGAUGGAGAAUGAUGAAGAUCCUGACACGACAACCGAACAUAAGUCAAUAAUAGAAACAGCUAUUACACUGAGUGAAGCAAUUAUAACAGCAGUAUCUAGCACUAGAGAGGGUUCCGAGGUUGAAUCUCCGGGCGACAAUCUGUCUCCAUCACCUUCAGAGGAACCUGAGGGUCUGAUCCCUGACCAGGACAGUGGUAGUUUCAUCUCCUUACACUCCACACACUCCUUACACUCCACACACUCCCUGAAAAUCCCCAGUGCAGAACCUCUCGAGGAGGAGGAUCUGGAAGAGGAGGAAGAGGAGGAGGAGAGGACAGAGGAGAGUAGAGCAGAGUUUGUAGUGAGAAAGAACUUUGAAAACUUUACUGAGUACACCAAACUAAUGAACGACAAAGAUAGGCUGACUGAGAAACGCUUCUUACAGAUGUUACGAGAAUUGGAUCUGGUGGGACCUGGGACUCGGGUCAACACUACUGAUGCUGAAAUAGUGUACUUUAAACACGCACAACAGCGAACGAGAGGAAUGACGAAGGAAGAGUUCAGGGAGAGUCUGACGGUGAUCCUAGCUCUGAACCAGAGAGAAGUGGAAAGUAUAAGUGAAGAGGUUCUCUACCCUGCAGUUCCCGUGCACCACUUCGCUACCGUAUUCAUGUCUGUCAAGUGAAGAGGUCCUCUACCCUGCAGUACCUGUGCACCACUUCGCUACCGUAUUCAUGUCUGUCAAGUGAAGAGGUCCUCUACCCUGCAGUACCUGUGCACCACUUCGCUACCGUAUUCAUGUCUGUCAAGUGAAGAGGUUCUCUACCCUGCAGUACCUGUGCACCACUUCGCUACCGUAUUCAUGUCUGUUAAGUGAAGAGGUCCUCUACCCUGCAGUACCUGUGCACCACUUCGCUACCGUAUUCAUGUCUGUCAAGUGAAGAGGUUCUCUACCCUGCAGUACCUGUGCACCACUUCGCUACCGUAUUCAUGUCUGUCAAGUGAAGAGGUUCUCUACCCUGCAGUACCUGUGCACCACUUCGCUACCGUAUUCAUGUCUGUCAAGUGAAGAGGUUCUCUACCCUGCAGUACCUGUGCACCACUUCGCUACCGUAUUCAUGUCUGUCAAGUGAAGAGGUUCUCUACCCUGCAGUACCUGUGCACCACUUCGCUACCGUAUUCAUGUCUGUCAAGUGAAGAGGUCCUCUACCCUGCAGUACCUGUGCACCACUUCGCUACCGUAUUCAUGUCUGUCAAGUGAAGAGGUUCUCUACCCUGCAGUACCUGUGCACCACUUCGCUACCGUAUUCAUGUCUGUCAAGUGAAGAGGUCCUCUACCCUGCAGUACCUGUGCACCACUUCGCUACCGUAUUCAUGUCUGUCAAGUGAAGAGGUUCUCUACCCUGCAGUACCUGUGCACCACUUCGCUACCGUAUUCAUGUCUGUCAAGUGAAGAGGUCCUCUACCCUGCAGUACCUGUGCACCACUUCGCUACCGUAUUCAUGUCUGUCAAGUGAAGAGGUUCUCUACCCUGCAGUACCUGUGCACCACUUCGCUACCGUAUUCAUGUCUGUCAAGUGAAGAGGUUCUCUACCCUGCAGUACCUGUGCACCACUUCGCUACCGUAUUCAUGUCUGUCAAGUGAAGAGGUUCUCUACCCUGCAGUACCUGUGCACCACUUCGCUACCGUAUUCAUGUCUGUCAAGUGAAGAGGUUCUCUACCCUGCAGUACCUGUGCACCACUUCGCUACCGUAUUCAUGUCUGUCAAGUGAAGAGGUUCUCUACCCUGCAGUACCUGUGCACCACUUCGCUACCGUAUUCAUGUCUGUCAAGUGAAGAGGUCCUCUACCCUGCAGUACCUGUGCACCACUUCGCUACUGUAUUCAUGUCUGUCAAGUGAAAGCUAGGACGGCGUAAUGUUGUGUGACUAAUGCGAAGGGGGAUAACGAGCAGAGCAGAUCAGAAAACCAGAUAAAGGGAUAAAGCCUCGAAAUAUUUGAAUUUGUGAUCUUACUGCUCUUGAAAGAAAAGAUUAAUAUAUGAAAAGAAGGACCAGUUAAACAGAUAAAACAGAUAAAAAUAAACCACGGAUUUAUUUUGUAAACAACUUUUUAUGUUAAGGUAGCAGUUGAUAAAGCUAUAACUUACAGACAAUAUGUAGUUUAGGCUUACCUUUCACAUAAAGUUAGUCUCAUUCAAAAAUAUUGAUAUUUGACCAAUUUAUGGGCCGAAAUCUAUUAAAUUUGGUGCGUAUGCCCAAAUUUGGGCAUAUGGUUUUCGGCUCCUAACUCAGUCAUCUUUUGUCCAAUCUUGAUGAUAUUUCAUAUUAUAUAUGAAUUCAGGAGACCACUGGUUACAAGUAGAGCAUCUAAAACCUGGGUUCAAAUAUUCUUCUAGGGUACAUUAUU